CAGCAAAGCUGCUGCUUUUUCCCCCCUAUAGAGAGCCUCCAGGGCAACCCUUUAUUUUCUUAAAAUAACUGCAGGCGUUCUGAACCCUUCCCAGCCCAGGUGCACAAAAGCCGCCUUGUGCGGCCGGAGGACCUUGGUGCUGGUGACUCCAGGUCUUUGCACUAUGUGCUGAUGACAAAGGACAAUUGUUGAGUGGGGAGGGUGGGGGCUGCUUUUUUGGGAGCACCUUCCUUUUAUAGUAAACAGCAGUUGCCCUUGCAGCUCUGCCCACCCCUCUGGUGCAAGACCCGCCAGCUCAGUAUAUAAGCAGUGGGAGCCAGGGUCGCCUUUUGUUCCUCGGCCCUCUGCCUCCCCACCGUGCUGCUCAUCCCAGCUCGUGCCACAAGUGAACCGAAGCCAUGGCCCCCAAAAAGCCGGAACCCAAGAAAGAGGCCGCCAAGCCAGCUCCGGCUCCUGCUCCUGCCCCAGAACCACCAAAAGAACCUGCUUUCGACCCCAAGAGUGUGAAGAUUGAAUUCAACUCUGAACAGAUUGAAGAGUUCAAAGAGGCCUUCAUGCUGUUCGACAGGACCCCAACGGGAGAGAUGAAGAUCACAUACAGCCAGUGUGGCGAUGUCAUGCGAGCCCUGGGACAGAACCCAACCAACGCAGAGGUCUUAAAGGUGCUGGGGAAACCAACACCCGAAGAAUUGGGCGCGAAGAUGCUGGAUUUUGAAACCUUCCUCCCAAUGCUGCAGCACAUUGCCCGAUCCAAGGACCAGGGGACUUAUGAGGACUUUGUGGAAGGGCUGCGCGUCUUCGACAAGGAAGGGAAUGGCACCGUCAUGGGGGCUGAACUGCGCCACGUCCUUGCUACUUUAGGGGAGAAGAUGACGGAGGCUGAAGUAGAACAGCUAAUGGCAGGGCAAGAAGAUGCCAAUGGCUGCAUCAACUACGAAGCUUUUGUCAAGCACAUCAUGUCUGGUUGAAGAUGGAAUCCUUAAAGUUCUUGGGAGGAGGGGGGAAAAUCCAUCCAGCAAGAAUUUCUUACCUCAUAUCCCGCACACCUCUACAUUGCCCAGGAGCUGCAUUUGCCACAAGGCAUGUAAGAGGGACUCUCCAUUUCCACAGUGUAACAGCCUCUGUAUAUAAAGAAUGCAUGCUCCUGCAUCAGUUUUAAACCUUUAUUUAUUAUUUCGGUUGUGUCCAUUCUUCUUUCCUUCUGCUACAUUUGGUCCAUUGAAAUUAAAACGUCUGCGCACACAGAUACCAUUUCCGUUUAA